AUGAUGGAGGACGUGAUCGCCGUGUCGGAGGCUCCAGCUGAGGAUGAUGAAGUGGCAGCUGCCCAAUCCUCAAGAGACAGCCGAAAGCUUGACUGCAUCAUCUGUUACAGUGCUUACAACCUGGUAGAGAGGCUUCCACGGAAGCUUUACUGCGGCCAUACUUUCUGCCAGGACUGCCUGAGACGACUAGAUACAGUCAUUAAUGAGCAGUUGUGGAUCCCUUGUCCUCAGUGUCGUCAGAACACUCCUGUACCCCGAGGAGGCGCCGUUGGCCUGGACCUGGACCUGGCUGCUUUUUUGGGGGUCAAAGCUGAGGUGGAGAACCAGCGAAGCAGCCCACAGAAACCCCCUCUGGAGACCAAAUUGUCGUUUGUUAAGCAGCCAAUCACAGAUCAGCCUCUGUCUGCUUGGCCCAACAUGGCGCUGAACGAGCCUCGUUUCCAAAUGAGCCCCUGCUGUAGACACUGCCGCUUCUGCUGCUGGUGGUGUUAG